AUGACACUAUUAAUUUAGUGGCGUAUACAAGAGGUACAGACGAAUAUGUUUCGAUUAAUGAUUUUAUCAUGCUAUUUCUUGUUAAUUACGGGAAAAAAUAUUAAUAUGGCCGAUAAUUUUGAUUACAAUGACCUUGACGACAUUCGAAUAGACUCGACUGAAUAUUACGACUAUGACGUGCCGGCCAGUGCGUACGAAAGUGGCGACGUUUGGUUUUUGAAUUUGAAAGAUGAUUGGAAUUCGUUGACGCUGAGAAACGCCAAUGAAAAUAAAACUGACCAAUUUUACUCACUCAACGGAUAUCUUAUUAAUGAACACGUAUUACAACAAACAACUGAAACAAUACAAAAAGUGCUAACAAGUUUCAAACCAAAAAUAGACUCGAAUUCAAAUAUUACAAAUUCUAAAAACACCAAUGAAUCGUCGUCGGGAAAUGGAGGCAAUUUAGCUGAAGCGCAGAAAAAAUUGUGGCAAAUCAUCAAUAAAAUCAUGAUACAUGAAGACAAAUCUGAUAUUAAUUUAGUCGAUUCAUGUGAUGACGGUGCGGUGCUAGAGUUGUUUUUCAAAGGCCCCUAUUGUGCUCUUAUUGUGACAAUGCCGAACAAGAUUUGGAACUUCUUUAUGCCACCUCCGUCAUUGCUCUCGGCAUGGCACGCCGAAGUUAACAAAGACAAAGAAGUAAAAUCCGUGGCGUUGCCUGAAGAUAUCAAAGAAAAAUUGUAUAAAUAUCUAAUUAAGUUAUUGUUAUUAUCUUUUAGUUUUCCAGCUUAGGUUUGAAGUUUUUGAACUUAAACAAAAUUUCAUCGUAAUUCCCUUUUUUCUUAUUAAUGAUUUGGUUUGUCUCUGAUGUAAUUUAGAAUAUUUCCUUUUUUUUCUAAGCGUAAUUUAUGGAAUAUACAAUCUCAAAAGUAAAACAAAAUAGCUACCUAACAUAAAUUUUGCAUGCAAUAAACUUAUUCGUGACUAACAAUGUUAAAUUAGCUUAAAACUUAUAUGGGCCAUUAUUACUUUAAUGGAGGACAGAGAAGCGUUUUUUAUGAGUAAAGUAAAAUAAUAGACUAAAA